UAUAGUCAUGGUCAAUUUAGGGAAGUCUUGUAAGUAAUACAUUGUCAGAUGAUGCUGAAUCAAGGGGCAUAGCGGAACCGCUUCCGCGAACUCGCUAGUGCCAUAUAAGGCGGCAGUCUGUACGCGCCCGCAUGCGCACCGCGCGCAUCGUACGCGCAGCGGAAGCGCUAAAUUCAGCGCAAGAAACUAAAUACCCAAAACCGUGCGCGCCUGCCAAAUACGGCACGAAUCUCGAGUUACCCCCGCCGCGCUGGCAAGCGGCCGCAUCCACGAAAAACACGUAAAAACGCAUUUAUUUUCGUAGCGAGCCGUCUCUAAUUUUAGGCCGUAUGUUCGCAUGAAAACUGAAAGUAAUACGAGCGAUUUUGGUUUGGGCCGAGAUGUCUGUAUUUAGAUUAGAGUGCCGACCUCCGGCUGUUGAUAACGACGCGCUUUUGCAUAACCUCGCCGCGCGCAGUCGGAGCGCGGGCGCCGCGGGUGCGAUGCUGUGUGAUAGUGCAUUCUAACUGGAUUUGGAUGUCACAAAUGCUGCCCGAAGGCGGAGAAGUGAUGCGCCGCGUGGCGUGCGCUGACGUGUGUCCCGCGCCGCUCGUGUCACCUGCGCCGCUUCAUCCCGCCAACAGGACAUCAGAAAAUAAGGAGUUGCUACGGCAACAGCUGCUGUCAGCGAGUAAAGCGCGCGCGGACAAGGGUGAGCAGCCCAAGCCCAAGCACCGCAGCCGCCAGAAGAACCGAUGGAAGCUCAAGUUCCACCACCAGGCCCUGCCCCAAGAGUACCUUGACCACUACGAGCAGAGCCUUCAAAAAGUCAAUAAAUCCAAGAAACCGGAGAAGCCUAAAGCGGAACCCGUCGAUCUCAAUAACAUCACAAACGAGACCUUCAAAAUAUGGGCGCAAAGGUUAGCGGGCAUUCAGAAUGAGACCGGGUCUCUAACUGUACCAAACAUGGCUAAAGCACCUAAAAAGGACGAGAAAAAAAGAAAUCCGGCCAUCGCUCCGAGUAAGAUUGUCACUUACGAAGAUCUGCCGUACAUGGGGGAAAUGACGCUAAAUAAUUCCAAGCCUAGAAGAGGCCGCAAACCCAAGAAGGCAGACAUCUGCCAUCUCAUUUACGAAAACUACGGGACAGUUGUACCCGGACAACCGCCGCCUCAGGUGGAGAGAAAUCAGCUUAGCAUGUGUCCACCGUUACGAAGUGACGGAUUAAGUACAUCCAAAACCGACUUACAGAACAGAAUUAUCUCAAACUUGUUGGAAAGGAAGCUGUCACAGGAAAAUAAGAAAAGAUUAGAAACUCUGACGCCGCCACAGUUCGCCAGUCCGGACGAGCCGAUGCCCGAAGCGCCCGUCACUAUCGCCGGCCCCUUGCACAGCGACGAGGAGCCUCUCAAUCUUUGUAUAAGAGAUCUGCACGAGCUGAAGAUUCAAAUUCAAAAGAAAUUCGGCAAUAUUUAUACGUCGCUACCUGAAGUAAAGACUGAACCUGAAACUGAAAUAAUUGAGGAUAAAGAACAGCCUAACGCCAUAUCUGUAAUCCAAAGGAAUACUAAUCUUCCUGCUACAGCUAGCAGUUCACCCGACCUGUCACGGCUGAACCGGAACGUGUCCCCGACGCUAUCGGAACCUGCUCAAUCAACGGCGAGUCCCGAUGGGGACGGAAAGUUCCCCGGCUACGUGUACUGGCCUAACGCUGGCAUAUAUAUGCACCCGUUAGCCUUACAGACGCAGCUACUCUACUAUCAGAGGCUAGCGGCGUCGGGCCAGCUGCCGUUCUCACCAGAAGAACAAGAGAGGUUAUCUACCCCAAGUAGUGUGAGCGAAAGCAUAUCCACAGAACCUUCGACGCCGGUGGAAGAUAACAAGAAUAAAUUAGUUCUAAAACAAAUUUCCGAGUUACUAGACCCUAACGUAAUAAAGAAAACCGAGGAAUCUAAAAACCCUGAUGUGGUUAAGAUGAAGAGGUCAUCCCCAAAUCCCGUACCAGUGCAGGCGCCGGUCAAGCGGAAAAGGUCGGCGAUCUUCAUUCCUCCAGUGCCAACCAAGACUAAUUCCACGACGCCAACUACAGAAGUCAGCAUCUGCAAAUUUAAAUUUACUGGGGGAUCUAAGCCCUCCUUACAAGAAAAGAAGAUGCUUUCCGUAGAUUCUGGAGGAAACUUCAGAUACUACAGUGGCACAGGCAACAAAGGGAAUAAGGGUUAUGAAUACUUGCAUAGAGACUCCAAUCAGGGUCGAGCUCAGUUAGCCGAAGCCUCAGUUUCAAGUCAGCCUAAAAUCGAGGCACCGGCAACUGCUUUGAGUAAAGAAGACUUGAGUAAGAAGAAGAGAAAAUCCCGGAAAAGUCUACAGAGGGAGAAGCUGGAGCAAACCUUUAAGGAAAAAGGUUUUUUGAUUCAAACCCAGCAACUGCAGUCAGCGGAAGGUGCCACUUAUUGCAAGUUCAGGCAACUCCGAAAAUUUACAAGAUAUCUGUUUAGGAGUUGGAAAGAUUAUUUGCCAGGCGAGUUGGAUGAGAGGACGGGUGAAGCUGUGAAUCCGCAGCCGUCCCCUUCAGAAGGGCCUGCCAGUGAGUGGGGGUAAAGACCUAUGCUUAUUGAACUGAUUUUCAAAGACUAUGAAGGUUCCUCGUUGAGUGUCCGCGUUUUGUGCUGUGCCUGUCUUGCUAAUUGGUGAGAACAGUUGUUGACUUGCGUGUUAAAAACUGAAAAUUAAACAAGUGCCUGUCACAAGAUGAGUAUAACGACUUAUUGAGAAUUGUUUAAUUAUAGCCAAAGAAUGUUGUAUACUGGCUGCUAAAGUGCAUUUAACUUGCUGUAGUGAGAUUUUAAAUUAACUUUGGACUUUCGCUACUGAAUUCAGAGAGGGCUACUGGUUGUUGAUCGCGUCCGUCCAUUAUUUAAUUGUGUAUUGCGGUAAACUUUAUUGACAUUGUUUAAUUAAUCCAUAGUUUACCUUUUACAGUUGUGCUUUGUUAAAUUUCGUUAUCUAUGUGUUGUGCAUUUUAAAACUUCGCUUGAAAGAAUAUGGUAAACAUAUUUUAUAUGAAUUAGUGAGAAACUUGUAUGUGCCUUUUUAAAUCUAAUGUUGUUGUGAGGGUACAAAUAACUAGAUUACAAUUAUCAAUCAACAAUAUUUAUGUAGACAUAGAAAACUAAUGAAACUAGUCAUUUGACACCUCUAACGUAGGAUUAUUUAAAUAAGCGUUAAUGAGAGUUUACUAAAACUGCAUUCACGGCUGAACUUUUCUACUGUUCCCUUGUAUUUAAUGUGUUUAAAAUUAUAUCUAUUAAUUGUCAAUAUUUACACUCACAUAAGUAGUUAAAAUCAUAUUUGUUUAUUUAUUUAAUAAAAACAGUAUUGUUUGUAGCUUCAGUAAACUCUCACUGUGUUCUCGAAUAAAUGUACAUACAGAAUCAAACAGAGUUGUUCUAGUCAUUAGUGUUAAGGUUUUUACUUGGUUGUUAAUAUAACAUUUAAUAGAUUAAUAUAAAAUGUUUUAUAAUAAAACCACGUUUUGUACUUGCUAUAUUAUUUAUUACAGAAAACAUUGUUCUGUGAUAAAUGAAAGAAAAACAAAAUGCAACGGGAAUGUAAUAUACCAAUUAAACAUUUGAUCUAAU